CAGUUUGUCAACAUAAAACCGCACAUAACAGCAUGGAUCCUCUUCGAAACGUCGAUAAAUUUCGAGACUUCUGUGUCUAACUACAGCGAUUUGAUCAUGCAUGAGAGCAGCACGGAUUUGGUAGAAGGAGCAAGCAUGAAGAACAACACUGGGAUCACAUCGUUGAAGCAGCAAUACGGUGGAGAUCAUGGAAGUAAAGGAAUGGUGCAACUUGAAGUUGAUGGAGGAGAAUUAGAUUUGCUUGAUGGGAUGUAUGAUAAGCCACUUUCAUGCUUCGGUUGUGGCAUUGGAUGGUUCUCGUUUCUCUUGGGAUUUGCCUUUCCACCACUAUGGUAUUAUGCUACAGUCCUUUACUUUGGGAACCACCUUAAAGACCCCAGGGAACGACCUGGCCUUGCAGCAUCUGCCAUUGCAGCUUUAAUUUGCUCGGUCAUCGUCGCGGUUGCUCUACUCGUUGUUUUCUGCUUGCAGUAGCAGCUGGUGUUAUGUCAUUUUAAGAGAAGGAUAGAAUUUCUGCCACAAAUUGUUGGCAAAUCUUAUCAUUUGCGACGGUAUUGUUGUAACAAUUUAGUGACUGUCUUCAAAAGUAGAUCUCAAGUUUGUGUCGUUUGA